CAAAUACUCUCUUUUGUUUUUACUUUUGUUUUUAUUUGUGCAGGUAAAAGUGUUCUUUGUGCUGCUUUGGUUUUUAUAAUUUUAGAUGUUAGAGGACACUAUGUCACUGCCUAAACUACAGGGUUAAAAUCAAUGUUACUGUACGUAGCCGUAUCAUGUUUACAAUGCCUUUUACUGUCAUUCAACAAACUCUACUUACAAUAUUGUAAUACAAAAUGUAUGAUGUAUUUGAUAAUUUCUUAUAAUACAGCAGUGAGGAUCUGUGUGAGCAGUCAUGGACGGGGGUCUGUUUGUGCUGCUUCUGCUGUCAGGACUCUUCUGGAGCAGUUCUGCUCUUUCUCGUCCGUACUUCUAUAUAAAUACAGCAAUGUCGUGGCCAGAUGCUCAGAGUUACUGCAGAGAGAGAUUCACUGAUCUGGCUACUGUAGACAACAUGGAUGACGUGAACAGGCUGGUAAAUAUAAUAGAUGCUGGAUACAGCGGAUCAGUGUGGAUUGGACUGAUGAAGGGGACAAAGAAACAGUGGAGUUGGUCUAAUGGAGAAAACACAACUCCUCAGUACUAUAACUGGGCUUCAGGACAGCCAAAUGCAGAUGGAGAUUGUGUUGUUACUCUUUCUGGAGUUUGGCAUGAUAUGGCAUGUAGCUAUAAGCGAUAUUUUGUGUGCUAUAAAAGUGUUGGAUACGCCUUUGUACAAAGUGCUAAAAACUGGACAGAUGCUCGGAGCUACUGCAGACAGUAUUACACCGAUCUGGCCACCAUCCACAGCUCUGUGGAGAAUGACCAGGUAACUAUGAAAAUUCUAUCUGGAUGGUACAUCUGGUUUGGGAUGUUUCUGGACUCUUGGGGAUGGUCUGAUCAGUGGGAUCUGAGGUUCAGACACUGGGCAGAAGGUCAACCAACGAUGACUUCAGGUGACUGUGUUGGCAUGACAAGAACCGAGUCUGGCAGAUGGUCUCAGUACAGCUGUGAUGUACAGCAGCCGUUUAUCUGCUAUGGAGAUGACUUGAGAAAACAAAUUGUGAGAUUGAAAGUCACCUGUAAUGGAAAAUGUGCAUUGAAUGAUCCUUCAGUACAGACAGCUAUUCUGAAUGAGAUAAGUGAAAAGCUGAAGAACAUGAUGUUGGAGAGUGAAAGCAAAAUAAGCUGGAGAAAGGGAGGGGAUGGAGAGGUGUUUCAUCAGGAGAACAACCAUAUGGUAAAUUUAGAUAAUAAAUGUAUUAAGAAUGUGUAAUGUAUUUUUUAACACUGCUUUAAAAAUAUCAAGUUAAUGCUACUAUGUUGUUUUGAGAGACUGGAGAAUAGUAGUAGUAGAGCAAUACAAUAUUAACAAAAUUGAUGAAUGUAGUCUAAUAUUAGCUGUAAAUAUUUGCAUUCUUACAAGAAUACUUUUCUUUCAACCAAUUUAAUUUAAUGAAUUUCCUAAAAUCCUUUUAAUAUUGUAUAAUUUAAAUUCACAGAUUUUUAACUGUACUUAGGUAUUAUCUACAAAGAUGAUUUUGAGGUAUGCAUAUGUAUAUGUAUUAGCCCUCAUUUAAUGACUAAAAUAAAACAAUACC